GAAAUUAUUUUCAACUCAGCGCUGGUCAGGAACCCCAGGCGGAUAAGGCGAGUAGACGAAGAACAAUUAACCAAAAGUGAAAUAAAAACACAAAGAAAACCUGGAGAGAAAAACAAAACCAAUCUUUAGAUAAGUAGCAAAUUCAGGACUACACCACAAGUCGUUCAAGACUUGUUUGCAAUAGAAAAAACCCGUCCGCUCCUCUCCCGUCAAGAAAAAAAAAAAACCAGUCACACCACACACAUCCAAAACAAUACUACACUCUUUCCUUUGUUCUUCCAACAAAACAACCUAUCAACACCAAACUUAAUUAAACACAGAUCAGCCGGCCAUCCCCGUAUGGCGCGGCCCGCCUCAGACUGUUGACACUUCCAACCUCCCCCUUUCCAAUUUCCUAUCCCCUUCCUAGCUAAAAAAAAAAAAAACAUUUAAAGAAAAUAACACAGCAGGUUUGUGACAUAGUACUAAAAUGUCCUUUAGUCGUGGCGGGUGACAGUUGUGCGCCGGUGAAAUGGGAGAGCCGAAGAAACGAAGAGUUGACUCUGAGUGCAGAAACUUCCAAGAAAAGUGGACAGAUCUGUACUUUUUUAUACAACAUGAUAGCAAGCCAACGUGUUUGAUUUGCAAAGAAAGUGUGGCUGUUUUUAAGGAACACAACAUUAAACGACACUAUGAAACAAAGCACAAGAACAAGUAUGAUGGCAUCCUUGGUUUGAGUAGCACAGAAAACAUUGCUAAGUUACGUCAAGAAAUUGGAGGCUUGACGAGAAUAUUUAGCAAGAAAAGACAAGAAAAUGAGGUGGCGGUAAUUGCAAGCUACCGAGUUGCUCACAUUUUGAGCAGAGAAGUGAAGCCAUUUUCCGACGGCCACUGCGUAAAAAAGUGCUUGCUAGCAGUGGUGGAGGAACUGUGUCCUGAAAAGAAGAAUGCACGGCGAGUGGAAGAUAUGGGGAAACAUCUCCAGUCAAAACUAAGGGACAAAGCAGCACGUUUCGAAAUGUUUUCUAUUGCUGCUGACGAGUCAACCGACUCAUCUGGACCAUGUGAUGAAGAUUGUGGUCAGCACUGUAAACUUCAUCAGAUCACAGGCGUUGAACCACAGAACUUUCAAGGAAUUUUUGACAGAAAUAGAAUGCGAAUAUGAAGACGUUCUCUUUCACAGUGAAGUCCGCUGGUUAAGCCGAGGAAAGGUACUUAAACGGUUUUUUUAUUUGAGACAUGAGAUUGAAAUUUUUAUGACGGAGAAGUCAAAGCAAGUGCCUCAUCUGAAGGACCCCUCGUGGCUGUGGGAUUUGGCGAUUUUAUGCGACAUCACGUCACAUCUGAAUGAACUCAACACCAAACUACAAGGGAAAGACAAGUUGAUUUCGCAUGUGUAUGCGGACAUAACAGCAUUCCAAGCGAAAUUACUACUCUUCAUUCAGCAGGCGGGAAGGAUGGAGCUUGUCCACUUCCCAACGUGUACAUCUCUACGUCAGGAUCAGCAGCAACAUAUGUCUUUCCCCAAAGAAAGAGUGAUAGAACUUUUGGGGCUCUUGAAGGAUAAUUUCAGUGAAAGAUUUAAGGAUUUUCAUGAUUUGAAGGAUGAAAUACGUCUCUUCGAAAAUCCAUUUGCGGCAGAUGUGUCAAGUGCCCCGACAGACCUGCAACUGGAACUGAUUGACUUGCAA